AUGUCUAAAACAUCUAAAACUGGUUUGUUGGAACCAAGAAAGAUGAGCGCAGAACUCUUCUCGCUGACAUAUGGGGCGCUCGUCACCGAAAUGUUGAGAGACUACGAGGACCCGAAACAAGUCAACAUGCGAUUAGAUAAGAUCGGUUUUAAUAUGGGCACGAGGUUGGCUGAUGAUUUUCUCGCUAAAAAUGCUCAUGUGCCGAAAUGUACUGAUUGUCGACAAAUAGCAGAUGUGUUGUCAAAGAAUGCUAUCCCUACAUAUCUAGGUGUGCCUGCAACUGUAUCAAACUGGGGCGGUGGUGACCGCGAAUUCUCCUUAAUUAUCGAAAAUAAUCCGUUGACAGAGCUUGUUGAGGUCCCUGCCUCCCUAUCAACUUUGAACUAUUCUCAAAUAAUAGCUGGAGCGAUCCGAGGUGGAUUGGAGGCUCUUCACUUCAAAGUGUAUUCCAGUGUCAUAGAAAAUCCCACAAAUACCGAGAUCAAGAUUAAAUUUGAACAAAUUUUGAGAGAUAACCUACCUGCCGGUGAGGAGGACUAA